CCUCUCUUCCGGGGGAGACCAUGCUGAGUUUUGGGGAGCUGCUCAUUGCUGAGUACCAAAAGAAAAAUCAGCUGGAGUUCAAGACCAUGUUUCAGCUUCAAAAGAGUGCCCAUCUGCAUAGCAGCCGGGGGGUCAUUCCGCAAGAUGAUCUAGUCGGGCAGCCUGCAGGCUGUUUCCGAAAGACACACAAGGAUGUUCCCGUCUUCAUCCGUCGGGCCAGCCUGGAGGACUAUGUGCUACACAUGAAGAGAGGACCUGAAAUCACACACCCCAAGGAUGCAGCCACCAUGCUGAUGAUGAUGGAUGUGAUGGAGGGGGACUGUGUGCUGGAGUCCGGCUCUGGGUCGGGAGGCAUGUCUCUGUUUCUGUCCAGAGCAG